AUGUCUCUCAAAAUCACCACACGAGCACUCUGUCUUACAAAUUUGACACAAUCCGUCAGUACGCUGUCUCAUCUCCUUCCGUCGCUCAAUCUUAGCCAUCUGCAGGCCAUGUGUCGAGACGUUCUUCCUAUCAACCUGAAUAGGGAACGGAGACGCGCAUAUGUGGAUGCGAUGGUAGCAGUAUCAUUUUCUCUCAAUAUCGGGAUGACAGGCGGCUGCAGGAAGACACAUACACAUCAGGCGCGUACACUUCGCCGCACCAUUGCGAGAAUCCGUAUGCCGGGGGACACGCCGACCAAUUACCAAAACCCAAAGCUGGCAAGGCGAGCUUUCGAUAGACUGGACAGUUGCAUGUAUCGCUUCGGGAUGUUUCUUGUUGCUGACAGUGACGAAGUCAUACGCAGGUCGUCACCCAUCUACCAUCCACGAAUCGCAUGAUCGUACCACAGAGUCACGACUUUGGGAACAGCUGCACUUCUCAUGCCUCUUUGAUGUCCACCACUGGGAGCCGAAUUGAAUAAUAGGAGCGAAAAAGCGGUUAUUCGCCAUGACGGUCCGAUCUUCUCCAAUUUCCUUGUUUCCUGGC